UACGGGGCAUAUCAUCAUAACCCCGUCAAUGUCGUCAUGCACAUGGCCUGUGUUCCCCUUAUCUUGUAUUCCGGAUUCUGCUUGGCCACCAAUUCGGGGACACUAAUACCGUUACCCUCCUGGCUCACGGCCCCUUACCUGGAUCUCAACUUGGGGACACUGGCUGCUUUGACAUGGGGCAGUCUUUACGUUCUCCUUGAGCCCGUGGCCGGCACUCUCCUGGCCGUUAUCAACCUGGCCGCUACCGCCUAUUGUAAUUCUCUGAGGCUUCACAACCCCGAAUGGACGAAUCAGGUCGCCAUCGUAGUCCAUGUCGCCUGCUGGAUUCUUCAGUUCGUCGGCCACGGUGCGUUCGAAGGUCGAGCCCCCGCCCUCCUCGACAACCUUGUGCAGGCCAUCUUCCUUGCCCCAUUGUUCGUCUGGCUCGAAUUUCUCUUCAAGCUGGGUUACAGGCCAGAACUUCAGGCUCGCGUCAGCAAAGCUGUCGAGAAGGAGAUCGCCAAGUUCCGCGCUGCCAAAGACAACGCGGCUAAGAAUGACAAGAGCCAAUAA